UCUGAUCCUCUGUUUUCCUAUCACUACUUUUCUUCUACCUUCAACAAAAAUGGACACCGAUCAUACCAACUCCGACGAUUCAAAAACCCCACUCCUCCCCAUCCACGAUCCGACCCAGGCCCGCCAAUCAAGCUCACACUCCUUCCUCACAUCCGUAUUCACGCCCGGUAAUUGCUACAUCCUCCUCGGACCGCUCCUCUGCGCCAUUAUAUGCCUGUGUGUCAAGCUCGAUGGUCCUGUCACCGGCAGGAAUAUGCUGGCGAUUCUCGCGUGGAUAUUUGCCUGGUGGCUGACGGAGGCCGUUCCGAUGCCCGUGACCUCCAUGUCUCCUCUGUUCCUGUUUCCCCUGUUCGGAAUUGCUUCUGCAGAUUCGGUUGCCAAAUCUUACAUGGAUGACGUGAUCGCUCUUGUUCUUGGUAGCUUCAUCCUCGCCCUUGCUGUUGAGCAUUACAAUAUUCAUAGAAGAUUAGCCUUAAAUAUAACGCUGUUGUUCUGCGGAGAUCCACUGAACCCACCGUUACUCCUUCUCGGCAUCUGUGCCACGACGGCGUUCGUCAGCAUGUGGAUGCACAACGUCGCCGCCGCCAUGAUGAUGAUGCCGGUGGCUACCGGGAUCCUCCAGCGAAUGCCCGAGGGACCUUCACAGUCAAACGUGGUUCGCAAUUUCUGCAAGGCAGUGGUACUUGGGGUGAUAUACGCCACCGCCGUGGGAGGGAUGAGUACGCUGACGGGGACAGGUGUCAACUUGAUAUUGGUGGGCAUGUGGAAGAGCUAUUUUCCUGAGGCCGAGCCCAUCAGCUUCAGCACGUGGUUCUUCUUUGGGUUCCCACUGGCCCUAUUGAUUUUCUUCGCUUUAUGGGGUAUCCUGUGUUUGUUGUAUUGCUCAAGGGGCUCAGGUCCGGCCUUAUCUGCGUACUUGGACAAAGCCCAUCUCAAGAGAGAGCUCGAAAUAUUAGGUCCAAUGGCAUUUGCUGAAAAGAUGAUAUUGACUCUGUUUGGGAUUCUAAUUGCUUUGUGGAUGACAAGAAGCAUAACAGAUGACAUUCCCGGUUGGGGAGCUCUCUUUCAUGGUCGUGCUGGUGAUGGAACAGUCAGUGUUAUGAUUGCCACUCUGUUAUUCAUAAUCCCAAGCAAGAAACAGCCAGGGGAAAAAUUGAUGGACUGGAACAAAUGCAAGAAGUUACCUUGGAACAUCAUCCUGUUACUUGGCGCCGGUUUUGCCAUAGCCGACGGGGUGAGAACCAGUGGGCUGGCUGAUGUCUUAUCGGAAGCCAUAGAUUUCCUGGAACAGGUGCCUUACCUGGCAAUUGUGCCGGCUGUCUGCGUGAUCAGCGCAACAAUCACGGAAUUCAUCACAUCCAACAAUGCUACCACUACCCUCCUUAUCCCGCUCCUCAUCCAAAUUGCACAAACAAUGCACGUCCAUCCGCUGUUCCUCAUGGUCCCCGGAGCCAUUGGAGCUCAGUUUGCUUUCUUGCUUCCGACAGCGACACCAUCUAAUACUGUCGGGUUCGCGACAGGGCACAUUGAGAUGCUGGAUAUGAUUAAGACAGGGUUGCCUCUUAAGAUUGCUGGAACUGCAGCACUCUCCUUUCUAAUGCCCACGCUAGGAGCUUAUGUUUUUGGAACAGACAGAGGAAUUCAGUAGUUGUCCUUUUGAGGAAAAACCUCAGGAAUGAAUGACUUAUUAUCGGAUCAAGACCAUCUCCUCUUGUAAAAUUAAUGAUGCUGUCUCUUUUUUCAAUGGCUAAAGUUAUGGUUCCCCAUCGUUAAUUUAUACA